AUGGAUCCAGUCUGCGGAGCUGUUGGUCUCGUAGCCGGUGUUGCUUCAAUUAUCACAGCUAUCGGCAAUUCCAUUGUGACAUUGCAUAAUCUUCGACAGAAAUACCAGGAGGCCGAACUAAACAUAAGGCUUCUAGCCAGUCACCUCCAAUCAGUCCGCACGGCCCUAUGUCGAGUGCAGAACUGGGCAGAAUGUCUGUCCAGCGGGUCUCAUCAUUAUCAACUGGUGAUUGAUGUUGAGCAUAGUGUCGACCACUGCAGGAUCCUGGUUGAGCACAUUGAUGAUCAAAUUACUAAAUUUGAAUGGGAUGAUGGACUGUUGAAAGUCGGCAGUAAAGCACUCUUUUUACUCGAGGACAAGGCCACUAGCGAACUUCUUACCCUGCUUGACCGCCAGAUCAAUGUACUCACCCUCUGCCUCGUUGCUUCACAAUGGUAUGGCAGGAGUCACCCUGAACUUGAAGUGUCUGCUGACCGAGAUAGUCCCACUCCAAACGCUCAAAAACAGUUUCUGGAGAGAGAUGAGACCCGAGUCGCCUUCGACCGAAUCCAGGAUGAUACCUCAUCGCUGAUCGGAUUUCGAGACUCCAGGUCGUUUCUUACUCGCAGAAGCAGGACCUCGGUAGAAUCGCAAUUUUCCAGGAUAUUUGAUUUUGAUGGUGUGCUGCUUCGGCAUAAACCAUAUCAAGAUACAUUCCGGUCCAUGCUGAGAAGAGCGGCCAGCCCCACAGAUAAACGCACUUCUCAGUGGCCGAAGACUCGAAGCUUGUCCGAUACACCAGUUGUUCAACUCGAAAGCGUAGCUCGAACAACGACAGCUAGAAUUGAUUCCGAACUUAAACAAGAUGCACGUCGGUUGAGCAAAGAGAUUAAGAUCCUUGCAAUUGGGGAUAAGCAUGGACGAUCUGCUGUCAUCAAGCAGAUGAGAACCCAGUAUGGACACCCAUAUUCUGAAGCGGAAGUGGAACAGUGCCGGCAAUGCAUCACUUCACUCACUAUCAAUGCUCUGGUUGCCAUCAUGGACUAUGCGGAAGACUCUGGCAAUGGUCUCGUCCGGCCACUCAGCAGGAAACAUGCGCAGACUGUUCGUGCAUUUGCGGCUUCAGCAGCUCCAGGCUGGAUCAUUAGUGAUGGCGUGGCUUCAGCUGUCAAGUAUGUCUGGGCCACCUGGCAUGUGCGGCAAGCAUAUGCAGGUAUGGAGCAACAUGGACAAACAGCAUAG